AUGCAGUUGUCCAACUUUGGAAGCUGGUUCGUCGCGCUUCUGUCGGCCUCGAUGGCCGCCGGCGCCGCCCUGCCCAAGACCAAGGUCGGCGUCGUCGAGUUCAAGCAGACGCGCAGCGACAAGUUCGUCAGCCGCAACGGGCCGCUAGCCCUGGCCCGCGCCUACAGCAAGUACGGCGUGCCCGUGCCGGACUCUCUCCGGCAGGCGGCGCAGGCGACCAGCCAGUCGCACGCCAAGCGCGCGACGGGCACCGCCGUGGCCAACUCGGACCAGGGCGACCUCGAGUACCUGGUGCAGGUGUCCAUCGGCACGCCGGCGCAGAACCUCAACCUCGACUUCGACACGGGCAGCGCCGACCUCUGGGUCUUCUCGACCGAGACGCCCAACCCGGGCAGCCACAACCUGUACGACCCGAGCCGCAGCUCGACCGCGCAGAAGCAGUCGGGCGAGACGUGGUCGAUCCAGUACGCCGACGGCUCCGGCAGCUCCGGCGACGUCUACACGGACUCGGUCACGGUCGGCGGGCUGACGGUGGCGCAGCAGGCGGUCGAGUCGGCGCAGCAGGUCUCCUCGCAGUUCGCCAGCGGCGACAGCGACGGCCUGCUCGGCCUGUCCUUCAGCAGCCUCAACACGGUGACGCCCGACCGCGCGUCGACCUGGUUCGACAACGUGCAGUCGCAGCUCGACAGCCCGCUCUUCGUCGCGGACCUGCGCCACGACACCGCCGGCAGCUACGUCUUUGGCGGCAUCCCCAGCGGCGCCUCCAACAUCCUGUACACGCCGGUCGACAGCAGCCGCGGCUGGUGGGGGUUCAGCUCGAGCGUCGGCGGCAGCUCCGUCAGCGGCAUCGCGGACACGGGCACCACGCUGCUGCUGCUCGACGACUCCAUCGUCAGCGCCUACUACCAGCAGGUGUCGGGCGCGGUCAACGACUCGCAGCAGGGCGGGUGGGUGUUUGACUGCGGCGCGCAGCUGCCCAGCCUCGCCUUCACGGUCGGCGACGGCCAGAUCACCAUCGACGGCAGCCUGCUCAACUACGCCGCGCAGGGCAGCCAGUGCUACGGCGGGCUCCAGUCCAACGGCGGCAACGGGCUGUCCAUCUUUGGCGACAUCGCCCUCAAGGCCGCCUACGUCGUGUUUGACGCCGGCAACAACCAGCUCGGCUGGGCCCAGAAGUAA